AUGGCGUCUGAAGGCAAAGCCCCUGACUGGGACAAGGAGAGGGACGAAUUUUGGAUCGCGCAGGAUUUUGAGACGUCAGCUAGGUUGCACGUCCAGCAUUGGAUCUGGCAGUUUCAGCUGGCCUAUGCUCUUCAUCCCAGGAUCGACACAAGUGGUGGUAAGCCGCUGAGAGUAGCAGAUAUUGGAGCAGGCAAUGCCGCCUGGCUCCUCGAGCUCACCCGCCUGUUUCCAUCUCAAGAAAGCGUCCAACUCGACGGCUUCGAUAUCACCUCCUCCAACUUCCCGCAUGCCGCCUGGCUCCCUUCCAACCUGAAAUUGCACACCUGGAACGCCUUCUCCGACCUCCCAUCAGAAUACGUGGAAGCCUUCGACAUCGUCCACAUCCGCGCUCUAAACAGCACCAUCGUGAACAACAAAGUCGAUCCCAUGCUUGUAAACGCACUGAAGAUGCUCAAACCAGGCGGCUACCUCCAAUGGGACGAGAACGACGCUUUGAAACUGGCCUGCAACGUCCCGGACGAAAGUGUGAAUGCUGAUGCCGCGACGACGAUCACCAAGAUGAUGGAGGUGAUUAUGAAGUACCAGACUCACUUGCAUGCCGACUGGCUGCAUAACAUGCCCGAGACGUUGCGUGAGCGCGGUUGCGAGAUUGUGGCGCAUGAAGUGACGGAGGCGAAGAAGGAGCUGGCGAGAGCGACGACGGAUAAUUAUCUUUUGGUGUGGAAAGAUUUGAUUCGCAUGAUUCCGGAGGCUCCAAUGCCGUUGCCACCGGGUAUGGGAUUGCCUGAGUCGAUGUCGAGGCGGUCGUUUUCGGACCUCGUGCGCAAAGCUGUGGAAGAGACAGCGAAAGGGGCGAGCUUGACAAUGCCUUUCCAUGUGACCGUCGCUCGCAAAACGUCAUAG